UCUACUUCUGUGUGAAUUCCAUGGAUUUCUAUAGUUUCUGUAGUAUAUAGUAUUAAUAAAAAAAAAAGAAAAAAAAACCAGAGCGGAAAAUGGCAGUGACAUUUCUUUUCAACAGUUCGAAUCCAUGUUCUGUGUACUCGUGUCGUCAAAAAAUUUAAUAUGCAAUAUGGCAGUGGUAAUUGUCUGUGAAUAUGGCGUUCAUGUUAUGGAGUAAUUAUAAUACGCAGGUAAAUACCCUGCCUCUUGCUGCAGAUCCCUCAAGGAAUUAAGGGACGAUAAUGAAUUCAGAAAUCGCUCGACCGAAUAAUGUACAAUGAGCUACAGCAGGAACAUACCAGACUGGCAGCAAUACAAUGCCUUACAGUCUGGAGGAUCGGACGCUGCAAAAUCUGGGCAGAACAUUAGUUCUUCUCAUCUCUAUGUCCCUAACAUCAGUCCCUCGUCAAUGAAUGGUCUCAAUCUCAGCUCUGAUUGUCUAAGUAAGUCACAGAAUGAUGUUAUUAAUUAUAGUCAAAGAAAUUAUCAGCCGCCAAAUAAUACUCCGAGUGGGCCGAAUAGUUUGGUCGAGCCACCCUUGACCUCAUUGGUUCACAUGUCAAGUUGUGUAGGUCAUUAUGGAGCUUCGUCAUCGAUGAAUUCCAUGCUCGACGACUCGAGCAAUGUCGACCUGAGAAAUGGAUCGGUGGCCAGUCUCAGCGAAGAAAUGGCGCAUAGAAAUCAGAUCUCAUUAAAUGGACCCGUGCCUCGUGUCGUGGGACCAAAUAUGAAUGUAGCUAGUAAUGUGGGAAGCGCAGGAACGCGUAUUCCGCCCGCAAAUACUGUGCCUUCGAGUAGACAAGGACCCUAUAUGCCCGCCUGUAAGGGUCCUUGCUGCGUCUCGGAUCCCAAUGUAAAUUAUCAAUCCUGGGAGAAAUUCCCCAAUUAUCAAUCCAAUAAUCCCUAUAGAGAAAAUCUUCGCGCGUCUGGAUACGCAAAUGAACCUAGACGAUAUAGAAAUGACAUGGCCUACAGGAAAGAAAGUUACCCCAGCAAGGAUUUAAUUCCGCCCAAUUCUUAUCACGUUGACCAAAGAAGAAAUUUUACCGACUACAAAUAUUGUAAGGAACCACCACCGCCGCCGCCUCCUCCUCCUGUUCCCAGGAAUUAUCAACCUCCCGCCGUCUUACCGAAUUAUCCGAUUCAAAACUACCAAGUACCAAGCGACUACCAAAAAUAUCCCUAUCCCAUGAAAGACUAUCCCCGACAGGGUGCUAUAAACUCUCAAAAUUCCGGCAUUCUCAAAUAUUCCGAACACAAUGUUUCCAUGCAGGAGAAGUAUUCCCCCAAACAGGGGCAAUAUCAAAGCGGUGCUUUAUUACAAAAAGGUCUCUGUGUACCCAGUAUCAGCUCAAAUAUAUCAUCCGUUCAAAAUCCCUAUCUAAAUCCCCAAUUCUCCCGCGACUAUCAAUGGGAGAAUCACGAGAAGGAUUCAAACAAAAUUCAAAAUCCCGUUCCAAUGCAUAGCGCCUAUCCCAAAUAUCAAAUGUAUCAACAAAAGUACGCCAUGCAGAGGUUCUCAAUGGAAAAUCAUCUCCGGGAAUUAUCAAGAAUCCCCGGCUAUCAAUCUCAUCCGAAAUAUCAAGAAUGUAUCCUUAGGUAUCGCGAAUUAUUGAGGUUACAACAGACCGUCGAUUAUCAGAGUGCAUUUCAAAAUUCAUUAACAUCAACAAACAGUAGCGUACCCCCGAUUAAUUUGCAAUUCGAUCAGAAUGGCGUUCUAAUAAAUUCCAAUUAUCUACCCGGUAAUUUUCCCACACCACACAAUCCAACGAACGCCCCACCGAAUUCAUUAAACCCCGACAAGGAGCAUCAACCUCCGGAGAAUUUACAACAAUUACAAAAUUUACCGCCGCGCACCGAACACACAACAGUUCAAAAUCCAGAAACCAUUCCCCGUGAUGUACAAUUUCUAAAUCAGAAAACAAUAGAAAAUCCCCACUGUCAAGUCGCUCAACGUGAAGAAGAAAGAUUCGAAACACUAAAUUCACGAAAAGAUAACAAUAACGACGAUGAGGAUAAAAAUUCAAAGAAUCUAAGCAGCAAACCCGAUUUAGACGUUAGACAAUUUCUCGCCAAUUGGGUCGAAGUCGAGGAAGAAGAGGGUGGUAAUGGCAAUCUCCCGGAUGUUGUUCUCAGCAAUUCGACACCGAUUGUCGUCGUUGAAUAUGGUAAUGUAGGUUUAGUCACUCACACCCCAGCGGAAAAUCCAGUGGAGCAAACAACGAAAACUGACAACGAAUCAACACUAAAGGAAUAUUUCCCCAAGGAGCAAAUUGACGCCACCAAUCUCCUUCAAAAUUGCUCCAACGAUUUAAAUCAGGGAAUAAUUUAUGCUAAUAAACUGAAUAUAAAAUGCGUGGGCGAGGGUAUCGACGGGGUGCCAACAAUCCAUAUUGUCGAGAAUCCAGAGGAGGAAUUCAUCUACACGGCGAAGGCGGAAAUUGAAGGUCCCGGUGCAAGUUUACCUUCAUUAACCGAGACCAAAGAUUCCGAUACCAAUGAAACGAAAGAAACCCCCACGAACCUAAAUUACAAGAAACUAAAUCCCGAAUCUAAAUUACAAAUAAAUCCCGAAGACCUCUCUAUUUUACCUCCCCUAGCGAAAAAUAAUUCCGAACCAGAAACAUCAAAUUUGAAAAAACAAAACAGUUUCACGAACGAAGAGAACCAAACAUCGGAUGAUAUAAGUCUACCGGAUUUAACCACCUCCGAAUGCACUCCAGUAUCAACGACCCUAAACACUCCGACACAUUCCGACAGUGAAGAAUGUUCCGAUCCAGGUGUUGAUCUAAUGACCAGUACAAACCCCAUCGAAUUAAUUCAAAACAGUCCAAUGAUCAGUUUCACUCAAUCGCCCGUCAAAAUCGAUCCCUACGAGCAUCUCAAAGGCGAAAACAUUUCCCCAAAAACAACUCUUGACUUUGAUUUCCAGUCCAAGAAUCAAAUACCAGACGAUAAAGAUCGAAAAAAUACCAAAACCGAAAAAUCCAAAGAGCAAGUUGUCCCAAAAACAUCUUCCCCCGAAAAUAUCACUAAAGACACAAACGAAUUUCCCUCAAACAUGGACGUUUUUUCAACCGAGGAUCAAGACAAAUGGUGCUGGAAUUCUCUGAUUCAAGGCGAAGAAAGUGAGACAAAAAGUCAAAAUUUAGAAAAAGGAGAAAAAUCCACUCUGCUCGAUCAGGAGAAAAUCGACAAAGUCGACGACAUGUGGCUAGACGUUGGUUACAAUAUACCGAAAGGUAUUGAUCUCACCUCCGAAGGAAUGACAAACGACAAGCACAACAACGAACAGGACAACAAACUACAGAAGAAUACCGACAUUGCUCAAGUCUCCGCAUCAGUGACGAAAAUCCUCAAAAACAUCAAGGACAGACAGCAUUUUAUUCAAAAUCUAAUGCACGAACCCAUCAACAUAAAACGAAAUCCAAAAGGAAUAAACAUUAUCUCAGAGGAAAUAUUCAACUCCACAUGGCGGCAGAACACGCAAAAUAAAAAUUAUCCCGCAUUAAGAAAAAUGUCCGACAGUUUUGAACGACAGGAACUUGAGGAUUUUGCGGAAAAAUUGAAAUACCCACACCGUUCACGUUCAAAAUCCCUAGAAACAAAUUCUUUUCUCAGUCGUUCAAAAUCUUCCGAGAGUAUUCUAAUUGAUGACGAGAGUCGACUUCUCAACGAAUUUAAGAAUCUAAAGAGAAAACGAAGCAUCGAUCAUUUCCAAGACGAAUCAAAAGUGCAGAAACUUACAGAAGUGGAGACAGUGAAGCAAACAAACGUAGAGGUAAAUUCGAAAAAUUCCCACGACGAAAAGAAAGUGCCAACCGAUGGUAAGAGUUCCGAUUUGGAAAUUAAAUUCAGAAACAGUUGCGAUUCGAGUAAACCAUUUGAGGCCAUUAAAAUAGAAAUAAACGUCUCGCGUAGCGAUACAAAAAGCGAAAAGCAAACCCAACAGAAGUGCAACGAACCGGAUUAUAAUGGAAAUCAAGAAGAACCUUCUUCAUGCGGCUCUACAGUUUGUCAGGGAAAAGGUGAGAAUCUUCCCAAAGUUGAAACGAAAUGUCAACAAAAAUCACCGGACGAUUCAAAGGAUUUCAAGGAAAUUGGCGAUAAGUUGAAAAUACAAGGACAAGAGAGAAAGGAGAGUGUUAUUGAAUAUUUCGGUAAGGGGCAUCAUCAAAAAAUAUCCCAACACGCCUAUUCGUGUGAGACAUGUAAAUCGAUGAAUUUCUACAAAAUCGAUAAAGACUAUCUUUGUAAUCAUGAGAAAUCAACGAAAGCACACGAGAAUAAUGAGUGCCUUAUGAGUUCGAGUAGUUCGACAAUCGAGUGUCUUUCGAACCGACUGAAAUCGAUAAGUAAAUCAAAAUCAUUGGAGGAUGUUAAAAAGAAAAAUUCACGAAAACAUAAAACUUUUGCUAAUUUUGAUAAUAGAAGUGAUAAUAUUGAUGAUGAUAAAAUCGAAAUGUUGGCAUGCACAUCUGAUUCUUCGGGUUUUCGAAAUUCGCAAAUUGACGACGAUUUGAGUGAUAAAAGCGAAGAUGCAAAACAUUUUGUUAUUAAAAACAGUAAUUGUGAUUCAAAUAGUUUUGAUAAUAGUUUUCAAAGUUCUGCUGACAAUCAUAAUAGUAAUUUAUUAGAUGCGGAAAAUGAUUUGGGUCCAAAGGGUUAUUUGAAUCCAUUGUUCAAUUCUCUGGAGGACGUGGAGAAUUUAAAUGCAGUGCCAAUAUACACGACGAAGGACGGUAAAAUAACUUACAGUCCAAAUCCGAGAUUUACGUACCGAACACUAUUAAUGGAGGCACGUGAAAAGGAAUGUCAGGCUCAAUUAUCGAAUUAUAGUUCAUCACAGGAAAAACGAGCUGGAUCUUCAAAGUCGAGUGAAAAACACGGCAGUAAACAGGCUAAUUUGAAACCACCGAAAAAAUCGUUGGCCAAACGGUUUGCUACACAAGAAUUGGAGAAGAGUUAUCAGCGCUAUCUUUCUCAUCGAAACAGAAAAGCGAGUGUCAGCAGUGAACCAAUGUUAAUCAAGACAAUAAAGAAUUACAGUGCUCUAAAUGAGGGUUCAUCCGGCAAUGAAGGUAAUGAUUCGAAGGUAAAUUCAAAUACUGAUUUCGAAGAUAUUCAUCUGCAGAUCGAACGGGAAAUUAGUAGAAAUUCCCUGAAGGAACAGUCGAGUCAGGAGAGGUCAGUUUCGGACGGAACAUCAUCAACAGCAGAAGAAGAGAAUCAAAUCGAAAGGGUCAGUGGUCAAGUUUAUCCGGAGAUACAGAGUCCAGUUCAGGGAGAAGUGGAGGACAAUCAAGUCGUCCCAGUUGCAGUUCACGAUAAGGAUUCGUCAACAGAAUCCGAAAGUGCAGCAAAAAAUAAUUCCGCAAAUCAUGAAAAAAGCACUCAGGAACUUUUGAACCCAGUGGAAAAUUCUUUACCAACAUCCGAAGUUGAUUGCAGUAUUGAUUUUGGUAUUAGAUCUUCAGAGGCAAAAACGAUCUCCGAAGAAGAAAUUCGAUUGAAAUAUGCGAAAGAAAUAAAAAAAGAAUUAAACCUAAUGAACACUAGUCCCAAUCCAUUCCACAAUUUAUUUACCAGACGAAAAUCAAUAUCCGACGUUAGUUUACAAUUAUCAAAAACAAUUCCGGAAAAAAGAAGAAAAAGUAUUCACGAAUUUCCAAUUUUUACUUCAAUUAAUCCGGAGUAUCAAGAAAAAGAAGAAGUCACUCCAAAUGCUUUCAUUCCGGAUCAAGAAAACUAUUGUGAAGAUAAAAAUUCUAGAGAAAAUAUCGGAACGGAAAACAAUAAAGACGAUAUGGAAAUAGAUGAUUUUGAAAACGUUGAAAAUAUUGAAUUGAAUGAAAACGAAAUUCAAGAUAAAAUUGGAGAUAAAAUUAGAGAUAAAAUUGGAGAUAAAAUUAGAGAUAAAAUUGGAGAUAAAAUGGGAGACAAAAUUGGAGAAAAAGUUCAAGAUAAAAUUGAAGAUAAAAGUGAGGGAGAUAAUGUCGGAACUGAAAGUAAUAUCGCCCAGUGUGAAAAUUUGUCAAAUGUAAAUAAACAAAACGAAAAUGACGAAAUUCGACCAACAGACAUCAUUACCACCGAGAAAGAAUGUACAGAAAGGGAAAAAGCAGAGACGGAAAAAAUUAAGGAAUCAUCAUUGGAGAGAGACAUUAUUUCCACCCACAAAGAGCAGACAAUCGAGAAAGAAAUUUCAAUCUUAAAUAUUGAUAGCGAGGAAAAGAAAAACGACUUAGUCCCAGAAGCAUCCUCGGCGAAAAACGACACUAUCGAAAUUAUCGAAAUCGAAGACGACGACGAAGAAGACGAUGAUAUAUUUAUCGUCGAACCCAAAUUAGAAACAUUCCCUUGUACAGGAACAGUUGAAAAAUUCGACGAAACUCAAGUAAUUGAAACCGAAAAUAAAGUAGAAGUGAAUUCGGAAAACAGUCUCAAAACAACAGAAGAAGGAGAUUUAAAAUCCGAAUCUAGUGAUCAAGAAAUAGGAAACGAAAACCCCUCAAUUUCUCAAGAAAUACCAAGCGAUCUAGUGAAACAAUCCAGCGAAGAAUCAGAAUUAAAACUCGAGAAUACUAACAAUGAUGACGAAAUUCAGGAAAUCGAUUUUUCUUCCACUCCUUCUGUUCCAGUGAAGGAAGCUAUUUCGAAUAAGGAAUCAUCACACUGCUCUGAAACAAAUCACAAUAAUUGUUCAUCUAAUCCAGUGAAUGAAGACUAUUUGAAGAUUUUCAAUUCCCAGAGUUAUGGAGAACCGACUAAUUUCAGUGCAAACAAACUUUCAGAUUUUGAACGAGAGGUGGAAAUUCUUACGGAAAUAAUUGAACGACACGAGAGUGAAAAUUUUACUGUAAGUGAGAAGAAUAAAUUUACAGAUGACAAUUACUUGGAGGGAGUUGGAGAAUCGAAAAAUAAAUUUCAACAAAAUUCUGAACGUGGGGAGACUAAUAAUCGAGGAAAACGGAAUUUCAGUCGUGAAAAUGAAGAGAGUCGGGAAAAUUGUGAAAAUCAAGAAAUUCGGGAAAAUUACGAAUAUCGUGGAAUAAAGGAAAGUAAUCAGAGGAAUCAAGAAAUUCGGCAAAAUUACGAAUGUCAAGAAAUAAAGGAAAGUGAUCAGAGAAAUCAGGAAAUUCUACAAAAUGACGAAUAUCAAGCAAUAAAGGAAAGUAAUCAAAGAAAUCAAGAAAUUUUGAAAAAUUACGAAUGUCGAGAAAGAAACGAAAGUGGUCAGAAAAAUCGAGAAAGUCAAGAAGUUCCAGAAAGACAAGAAAUUCAAGAAAUUCAAGAAAUUCAAGACAUUCAAGACAUUCAAGAAUUUCAAGAAGUUCAAAAAAUUCAAAAAGUUCAAGAAUUACAAGAAAUUAAUCAAGAAUGCCAAAAGAAUAAUCACGAGAACCAGGAGAAUAAUUUAGAGAUCCAAAAACAUCGGGAAAUGCAAGAGAGUAAUUUGGAAAAUCAAGAAAAUAAUUUGAAAUGUCGGGGAAUUAAUUUUGUGAAUCGGGAAAUUAAUUUGGAAAACAUUCAAAAUUAUCAAAAUAAUUCGGAAAUUCAGGAAAAUAUUGAGAAAGUACGAGAAAAUAUUCCGGAAAUGGAGAAAAAUUGUGAAAUUGAGGAAUAUAUUGAAGAAGUUGAGGGCAACAAUCAAGAAUAUGAAAAAUCAGGCGAAUAUUUUGAAAAUCAAGUAAAUUUCACUGAUAUUCAAGAGAAUAAUCACAAUUACGAAUCGGAUUUGAAAACUUGUGAGAGGGAAUAUUUUGAAACACGAGGACUUUCGCCACUGCUUGAAAUGAAUUCGAAUUCAAAUUCUUAUUCUAAUUCCAAUUUCAAUAAUUCAAAAAGUGCACAAGACCUCGCCGAGAAUGAAAGAAUUGAAAACUGCUCACUGAACGAAAAUAAAAUUGAAAAUCAGUCAGAUUUUCAGAUUAACGAUUCACCAUUAAUAACCGAAAAGAGUGGCGAAAAACACGAUACGAAUUCAAUUUACAUCGACGAUGACUCCUAUUUUGAAGUGGAUCCACCAAUUCUCGAAGUACAACGGGAAUUAAACGAUUCUGAUAUUCUGAAUUCUUCGAAAAGUUCCGAUAGCAAUGAAUUCAAUAAAAUGCCCGAUGUUACUUUAGAAGGUGAGCAACGAGAAAAAGAAGAAGAAGAAGAAGAAGAAGAAGACGAAGAGGAAUCCAAAAAACGUGAAAAUCAAUCGAAAAAUUCAGUCGUUGAAAAAAUGGUACCAAAAUUAGUAAUUCGCAAAAUAGAAAUGAAUCGAAAUAUUCUUUCAAAAUCAAAAUCAACAGAAAGCAAUAUUGAACCUUCGUUUCAUAGAAAAAUACCAAAGAUGAUAAUUCGCAAUGCAAAAUCAAGACCAACAACGCCCACAAUUGAGGAGAUCCCGGAAGAGUUUCCAUUGUCACAAGAGGAGUCAAAUGUUAUCAAAGUAAAGAUAAGACUCGACGACAUUAAUAAAAAUGAUUCCUAUAUAUUUUCAAACAACGAAGAAAAUCGAAUUCCAAAAAUGAAAAUAAAGUUAGAGGAUAAAUUGCCAAAAGUUGUUAUUAAAAAUUUAGAUAUUCGUAAUACACAAGAUCUUCAGAAAUUAGUACCAAAGGUGAAAAUAAAGAAACUGAAAAAUUUACAUACAAUAACAGACAAUACGAAUGAAAAUUCAUCAAUAAUUAAUAAUUCCGAAUUAAAUCAAUCAAGGACAAUCGAAGAUACAGAAAAUAUUGACAAUCCCCCACCAGUCGAUGAUAAUGAAACAAAACCAAAAAUUCCGAAAUUAAAAAUCAAAAAAGAUCUAAAAAUAAAUUCAAUGACGAGAAAAAGGCAUAAUUCUGAUAUUACAUCAUCAUCAUCAUCAUCAUCAACAAUAACAGCAACGACGACGACGACCACAACGACGACGACAACGGAAAAUAAAAAGAUCAAGAGAUCAUCAAGGGACGAGAUAAAACAGGACCGACGCAUUGACCCAAUCACUGAAAAUUCCUUAUCAUCAUCGGAAUAUCAAAAUAUAUCGGAGAAAAUUCCGAAAGUCAUUAUUAAACGUGCAUCGCCAACAGCUGAGUUCAAAUGUGAGGUCAGUAACGAUAAGAAAAAUACUUCCGCUCAUGAUUUAAGUCUUCAGCCACAAGUUGUACUUCAACGUUCGUGGAUAUUGGAUUGUAUGGCGAAGGAAUUGAAACACGUGAAUAUUGCCCUAAAAUUGGCAAUCGCAAAAAAUGGAGGUAAAGCAUCGGUGCGUGGUAAAUCGAAUACAAGUAAAAUAAGAUGGGAACAAUUUAUCCGUAGUCUUAAAAAACAAAAGGAAUUAUCACGUACAGAAACUAAUUCCCAAAUACUAUCUGGUAAAAUAAAAAGAAGACGAAAAUCAGAUAUGGAGAUACGUUAUUUUCAAUCCGAACCAACUUUAUACAAUUUUAAAGCUAGUAAAUCAGCUCGUGAAUCAACAAUACAAGAUACAAAUUAUCUCAAUAAUCGUGCAUUGUACUUUAAAAAUAUGUUUACCGAGAAUAUCAAAAAUUACCAAAACACCUAUGAUAAUUGGAAGAAGUUCGACGAAAACAUGAAUUCAGAGAAUAAGGAAAUUUUACAAUCGGAAAAGUUCGAUUACAAUUUUGACGAUUUAUAUAAUGUUAAUAAUAUUGAGACUGCAGAAGUGAAAUUGAAUCAAGAGAUUGAGACUAAAUGUCCGCUGUUAAAUCCUGAGGAAGUUGAGAAUAAACUCGAUGAGAGUAAAUUUGAUCUUUCGAGUGUCAACGAUAUUCAAAAUGGUAUAAAAAUCGAGGAUAAUGUACAUUCCCAGUUGAUGGCGAAUGGAGAACAUGAGCAUCUCUAUUUCGAGGACGCCAUACCAACGCAAUUUGAAUUUGAACUCGAAAUUGUUGACAGCAGUGUUGACACUUACGAUGUACCAAUGUCUGAUUCUAAGGAAUUUUUCGAAUCCCUCGACAGCGUUGAUAUGGAGGAUUCUCAACGUUUUCAAAAACCGCAAUUACCCGAGGAGGAGAACCUCUUGGUAGAGGAGGAAAAAUCUCGAGACGAUUCCUGUGAUAUUAAGGAUGAAAUUCCAAUAUUAAAUGAUUUUUUAACAGUGAGUGAAAAUACGAAACCUUGUGGAUCGAAAUUCACCGAUUCAAUGUCACUCGUACAGGAAGUAAUGGCAGCGAAGGAAAUAUUGAAGAAAUAUUUACCGAAUUGUCGAACUGAUAAUAAUACUACUAAAUCCCGACCAAAAACACUCGCUGAAAAGAAACAAGGAACUGAUUUGCCUUCGAUUGAUUAUUCAUCGUCAGCGUCAACGAGAGUUAGUUCAGAAUAUUUAGAUUCGAGAAAUAAUUCAAAAAGUCGAAAACGAACGAAGGAAAGUAGUUCGAGGGAGAGGUGUAAAAAUAACGAUCCUUACAAUUACGAUCAUCAUAAUACAAUAUCGUUGAGGGAUCAGAAACGAUCUAGUCUUCAGACUACUACUACUCGUGAGUCGAGUAACAGUAGAGUGAAACAUUCCAAGAGCUCGGAAUCGAAUUCAAAAUGCUCAAGUCGAAGUAAAUCGAGUUCAAGAAGUCAAAAAUCGAGGGAAUCGUCUAAGGAAUCGUCGAGAGACACUUCGAGGGAUAAUCGUUCGAGAGAUGUGUCGAGAGAUAAUAAAGAUUGUGAUUUAAAUAAAAUGAAGUCAUAUAAAAUUCCAAAGAUCUCUAAGUCUAAGGAUAAUAAUAUUGAGAAUGUGAUCGAGGUGAAGGCGAAAGAAGAGAUGCCAAUUUUAGAACCAGAGGGUGGUGUUAAUUUGGAUCCAAGUCUAGUUCGUGACACGUCACGUUCACCGCCUGUUAUAACAAUUCAGGAUGACGUCGAAAUCAUUGAGGAUGAAUCGAAAAUUUUCAAUGCCAAUGUGAAAAAGGAGGAUCGCAAUAAUUGGAAAAUGAAGAGUCCACAAAUUGAUCCGGGUGGCACUCUCGCUGAUGCUGUUCAAAAUUGGGUCUUUCACGAAAAGGCGACAAUUAAGCACAGAAGGUACUGCGUACUAUGUGAAAGGUGGUUCCCAUCGGUGAUUAGACAUAGGAGACAUUUAUCGGGUUAUCAACAUCGUCAUACUGAACUCACUCAAAGGAGAACAAUUCAUACACUUUUCAUGCUCUUCACCGGGAAACCAUGCCCAAGACUGUUGCCUGCUGAUGUUUUAAGAUCAGAUUGCUCACUAGGAGAAGCAACUCCUCUACAAAUUGCUGUCCAGGACGAAAGUCUCUUUUAUGUCAAAAGACUUGAAAAAGAAAACGUUGCAUUAGGUUAUGGAAAUGCUCACGACAAGUCAGAGAGUAAAGACGAUGAGGAGAGACAAAAAUGAAGAGAGAACAUUUUUGGAAGGAGUCUCGUUAAAAAAUGAUUCUUCAAACGAGGUAGGAUUGUAAAAACAAAAAAACAAUUUUUGCACAUCAAUUGUACUGGAUGCAACUGACAAGUAGAUGAUUAUUGUUACCGUUUAAUUAUAAGUCACGCUCUAGAUUUUUAGCCAAAGACAUCAAAAGAAGGUACAUAUAGUUGAUAGUUUAUUCUGUAUUAUUAUUAAAAAUAAUAAUAAUACAGAAAUUUCGUGAAUUUGUACAAAAAGAAAUCAUGAUGUUAAAAAAAGUGAUUUUAAUGCCUCAGUAAGAAACUUUAUUCACAUCACAAAAGAAUCUUAUAAUAUUCUGUAUAUAGUAUAUAUUCAUAUAAAUAUAUUAAUAUAUUAUAUAUAUAUAAAUUUAUAAGAUAUAUAAAUAUAUUUAUUUAUAUUCCAAAUGUUCGAGGUGUGAUAAAUUCACGCAAUAUUACGUGAAUAGCGACCCAUUCACUAAUGAGUAUACGAAAGAAUAUUAAUAAGCUCGAAAACAAAAAAAAAUUUAAGCCUAAAGAAAGAUGAAAACAAAAGAAAUGUACAAAACAUAUCUAUGUUCCGCGUUAAAAAGACAAAAAAUUAUAUUAUUUUGGAGAAAAUGGAAAAUUCACCAAUGCAUUUCUUAUGAUACAUAGUUAUACAUAUUUUGAAAUUUUGCCAAAGAAUUUUAAUUUUUUGUUUAUAUGUAUACAAUAUAUAUAAUAUGUAAAUUGUGAUUUCUUCUAGAAUUAAAAAAAAAAAAUUUCUCGGUGUCAGUUUUUUUUCGAAUUUGAUGUGCAUUGAUGAUGAAAAUGUCGUACAUGCUUUUGGCUGUUAAAAAAAUAACUCUUGUCGGUUACUAAUAAAUUUACAUAUAUAUAACUGUAAUUAAAAUAUUACAGUUUGUGCUAACUGUGAAGAAAAAAAAACUAAUCUAUAUAACCUCUUAAUGUUAAUAACUAACAAAAUAACAUGAAAAAAAAUCGUUCCUAUGAUUCUUGUGAUAUUUGCGUGUGCGUGCAAAAAUGAUAAUUUUCCAUUUUCUCUAAUUUAUGUUCACGUAAAAUUUUAAAUACUAUAUAAAAAUUUAUAUUAUAUAAAAAUAUAAAAUGACCAAAUGAAAGUGAACGUAAAUAAUAAUUGCUUCCGACUGUCCGUACACUGAUUUUAAGAUCGAAAAUAAAUCUUAAUAAUGUGCUAA